AUGGCCGACCUGCGAGAUCUUUUCGAGCUCGAAGAGCUUUCCCAAGUGCAAGCGCUUCGCGUGAUGCCCCGUACGGUACGCGACCGGCAGAACCCAUUCAUUAUAUGGAGCGACGACAAUUUCAAAAGGCGGUACAGGCUGAGGAAGGAGACUGUGAUGUUUGUUGUGAACCUGCUUCGGUCAGACCUCAACGAAACUUCGGUGAACAACGCAAUCUCGCCGGAGCUUCAAGUCCUCAGCGCCCUCCGCUUUUUUGCGAAAGGCAGCUAUCAAGACGACGCUGGAGACAUUCACGGCUUCAGCCAGCCCACCCAGUCGCGGAUCGUAGGUCGGGUCUCUCGGGCUCUCGCGCGAAGACGCGCCCAGUUUGUGCACUUUCCUGAAAACCGCAGGGAGCAGCGCUCCACGAUCCAGCUCUUCUUCGAACGAUACGGGUUUCCCUCUGUGGUUGGGCUUAUCGACGGCACUCACAUACGGAUAAAGAAUCCAGGAGGGCCAAUGCAGGCUUUGUACAUCUGCAGGAAGAAGUUCCAUGUCCUAAACGUUCAACUGGUUUGUGAUGCUAAGGAGAAAAUAACCAACGUAGUGGCACGGUGGCGUGGUAGUGCUCACGAUUCAAGGAUAUGGGAGAAAUGUGCCCUUCGGGAGAAGUUUCAAGAGGGGUUUAUACUUAUUUACACACAGAAAGUGACAGGCCUCCUACUGGGAGACAACGGAUAUACGUGCAGUCAGCAUCUCUUGACACCAGUCCUCGGUGCACGGCCAGAUAGUCCAGAAGAAGAGUACAACACACGACACAAAUCUACAAGGAAUGCCAUUGAAAGAGUGAUCGGGCAACUGAAAAACAAGUUCAGGUGCCUUAUCCGAAAACUUGAAAUCUCCUUAGACACAACAAAGGCUGUGAUAGUAGCGGCAUGUGUGCUCUUCAACAUUGCCAAGGACCACAACGAUGAGGAUGAUUUUAGUUCAGACUCUGACACGGACUACGAAUCAAGCGAGUCAAGUGACACCAGUUCCGAAAGUGAUGAAACUCCCGAGGAUCCUCCAAGUGGAACUGCAUUCAGGUCGCAGUUCAUACAAACCCAUUUUUCUUCAGGUACAUGAAACAAAUGUAAACCUAGUGGUGAAAAGCAUGAAAAGAGCACGGCCAACGCAGUGAAACACAAGCAAAAUAAAUGUUUAGACGAAGAGAAGUUGGUCUGCCUUAGAA